UAGCCGUAAGUUUACCAAUUAUGGGCAAGGAGUGGCAUUGGGGUGGAAGGUCCUCCAAGAGGGGUGGAGAAGCUCAAACAGAAAUCCCUUCUGGUUGCAUGUGUGCAGUCUUUCAGGCUUUCGAUUUUCAUCCAUUUCACUUUUCCAUUAACCACCAGCCAUCCUCUUUCAAGUCUCGGACCCGAGAACACCACACUGUCUCUAAAGGAGCUGAAGGACCAAGGCAUAGCUUGGAGUCAGAAGAUGGUACUACAGUGUCAUCAAUCUCAAAAGAAGCAAAUUUUAAAAUACCAAAGAACAUUCAGAUCAGAACAAGAGGGAGCACAAGAUCAAAAACAGAAAUUAGUGAUCUUUCGUCAGAAAUCAGUGUCUCUCCAGGUACCAAGACACCGACUUUGGUUGCAAGGUUAAUGGGUCUGGAUCUUCUUCCUGAUGCACAUUCCCCUUCUUCCCCAUGCCUUUCCACUCCAAACCUUUAUAGACCACGACGACAUAUCAAAAUAAUCAAACAUAGAAACAGCACGGGAAGUGACUUCUUGCCUGAGAUUCCUAAAAUGUCCUCAGCAAGAAAAUCGGAUGUUGAGCAUAGACUCUCUCUCCAGAUCAACAAGGAGAACACAGUUUCGUAUGAGGAUUUUGACGUUCCUCUGUUUUCUUUUACAAAGAGAAAAUAUGAUGAGAACAAUAGCAGGAGUCCAAGUCACUAUGCCAAACAAAUUGUCAAACAGGUUAGAGAAAGUGUGAGCAGAAAGGUUGGACGCGACAUCACCAACACUAUCAAAAACAGAGACCAUGAAGAAGAGGAAUGUGUAAGCAAAAUCAAAUUCAAGAAAACUUCAAAAACUUCAGUGAACGAAUCCUGCCCUGGAAAACUUUCAAACUCAUCUUAUUCCCCUAGGCUCAGCAGAUUUAUUGAAUCCAAACAAAAAUCAAGCACAACACCAUCGCCUCCACAUGCGACCAACAUUGAAACUGAGCUUCCAGAAGUUUCUACAAAGCCAAAGCCUCAAGCAUUGGCCAAGAAAGAGUUGCAGAAUCAAAAAGCAGUCACAAAAUACAAGAAAACAACCUUUGGAAAGACGAGUAGGAGAGUUAAUAAGCCUCCGCAAACAUCAAUUAGAAAUCAGCAAGAAGAGCCAUUUAUUAUUCGUUACCCAUUAGUCUCUAAAGUCAAUGACAUCAAAACCAAAAAGAAGAGAACUCUUCCACUUUCAACCGAUCUUUUUAAUAGUCACAACACGGUUCCAAAUCUUCUCCCUGUCAAGAUAGGUCUUUCUCCUCAAAAACAGACACGGGUGAUUGAUGACGAUGAAUGUCGAGAUGCAAAACGCAACACACGGUUAUUUAGUUGUUCGCGCCAGACGUACAGAGAAGAAGCGCCACGACCACCCGCACCCCGAGGACCAACAACCUGCGAUGACGACAAAUCUCACGGCGCCUUCACCACCAUCUCCUCCGCCGCACUCCACGAAGGGCCAGAGUUUCACUACGUCACGAUCAUCUUGUCCCGUACCACUGGGUCCCACAGCAACGCCACCACGCAUAUACCCCACCUCCAUUUUCAGUGGUUCUCUCCCACCCACCCCUUGGACCCUUCACUCUUUCACAGUCUGGAGCGCUACCCAACAUCCCAUUCCUUUGUCUCUUUUCCAGAAGACAACAAAGAUUGCGUAUUUGAGCGGAAACACGGGCUGGGUCCGCGCUGCAACCGUAGAUUGCUGUUCGAUUUGGUGGACGAGUUGCUGUCGGAGAUUCUAGUUAAGCCGAAGCGUUUCAGAGGGAGGCUGUUGGAGACGGUGUGGGAGAGGGUUCGGAGUUUACCACGUGCGAAGUGCGAGGUUUUGGAGGACGUUGAUGGGUUGGUAGAGAUUGUGGAGAUGAGGGAAGAAGAGGAAGAAGAAGGGUUGGUGAAGGAGAUAGAAGGGAACAUAGUGGAGUGGUUGGUGCAUGAAACGUUAACCGUUAUGGUUGGUGGCGCAGAUACGUAAGUGACGGCGUCGUUUGGAAGGUUAAGAGUGGGGCUCACAUGGGAAAUGAUUCACGUGAUGAAUGAGAAGAAAUGCGAUGCCCAUGGCUGUGGCCACGGCAUGGAUCCCUCAUCCGUGGAAGCCGUGGCGGUGGGUGGGUCCCAUUCUGAAACCAUGAAAACGAGGAUGCCCUCACACCUUGUUCUGUAAAACUCAUGAUUUUCUUCCAGAGGUUUCCCUUUUUUUAUUCCCUCUCGCUGUAUCUCCUAGGUUGCUAAUGUAAAAUUUCAAAUAUGCUCAAUGAAUUUUCCUUUGGUUACA